AUGAUUGGCAACCGUCCUCAAGGAUUGCGCGCUGCAGCAUCUCAAAAAAAGCAGCAGAUUGAAAAACAACGUCAGGAGGCAGCUGCAAAUGGAAGUGGCUCUUCUGAGCUAGGAAAUGGAGAUGUAAACAAAGCCGAAGGGGACGAAGACGAAACCAUGUUGGUGUACACUGAAGAUGACAACAUGGAUCAACUUUGGGGAUUGUAUGAGACGAGCCGUGAAAAAUUAGAAAGUGGUGAUAUCGAAGGUAGCAUCAACCUUGUUUUCGGUACCAUUCAUGAGGCCGAUCGUAUUCUCCGCAACACAGAAGACUAUUCCAGUCUUCCUAAGGAUUUCCACGCAGCCUACUCUAUGGCUCUUCUGGCUGUUUCCGAAUUGUAUGAGCCUGCUAAGGGACGUCUCAAGGAAACAAAUGAUGAAGAGUCAUUUAUUGACGCUGCCAUCGAAAGAGCUCAACUUGGUUUGGAAGCGUCAGGCGAUCAAUCUCGGCUUUACCUUGCUUUCGGGCGUGCUUAUUUGGAAAAGGUACGUAUGACCUUGUGGAAGCAGGACGAUCAGCAGAACCCUUCGGAUCAAUCCGUUAUUGUUCAGAUUGUCAAUCCUUACAUCGAACUUGCCCUUCAAUACCUUCGUCCUUUACUUUCGGUGGAACCAUUUGAUGACUUGACUCCUGACUCUUUGCGUCCCUUGUAUGUCUUGUCGUCUUACAUGUUCCAAUUUGGAUCCCAAUUUCCUGAAAACUCCCUUCUGGACGUACACUCCGUUAUUAUCGGUCUUUGGGAAAAGUGUAGCGCUUUCCCAGACAGCCCUCUUCCUGUCCGUCUUGCUACCAAGGAAGCCGUUUUGGCUAGCCAUACCAGCUUUGCCGAAUAUUAUAUCGAUUUAAUGGAUUCCAAUGAGGAAAAUGCCGAAAGGUGGGCUGUCAAGGCCUCUGAAUGGCUUUCUCGGUCCGUUGAUGCUUGGAACGAAAUUUAUGCGUUGGAUGACUCAGCUGAACGACUUUUGAAGUUGGCGGAUAUCAAGAUGGAUUUAGCACAAAUCACUGAACAAGAAAGUUCUCAAGAUGAGUAUCUGCAGGCCGCCUAUACAGCUUUGGAGGACGCUCAAAAGGCUGGUGUACAACUCAGUCCCGACUAUUUGGAAUUUCUUGAAGCUUACUCUUCCGCUUAG